CGCAUGAAUUAUGCAUGCCCUGCUCAUUCUUUAGCCUCCAAACAGAAUGACAGGGUUUGUGAAGUCGCCUCAGUUUCUUGCAUUGAGUGACUGCAGUGAAAUGCUUAAUAUUUUCAGACGCAGAUGCAGCACUGACUGGCGAGCCCGAGUUUGGGAGAUGUGAAUCCGCAGCUCACAGCCCAGAAUGCUUUAUUUGAAAGCCUGGCUAUGCAGAGCCAGCUUUGCAGUCUUGUAACCUGUUCUCCCCAGAAGGUUGGCUGAAGGAUGGGAGCGGCUGUGCCUGCCUCUGAGGUCACAGCUUGAGCUCCUUUUAACUUGCCUUCUGCUGCAGAAGAGAGGCGUGUUGUGCCACAACUGUCCCUGAAUGUAUUCAAAUGGACAAUAUGCAGUAGAUAUUACAAACGAGACUGAUAGAUAAGUCAACCCAUAAGAAAACAAGUCUAUCUCAACAAAGAGAAAAGCAAAGGACGCCGGCAAGACAAGCACACACACUAGUACAGUGUCCUAUUCACUCAACUUCCAUAAAAAGUUCUUGGCUUUUGAAAACUGAGCCAAACUUUUCAACACAAGAUGAAAGCAUCAUUGCUGGUUGGUCAUCUCGUGAUAAUUUCUCUCACAACCUGUCUAGCUGAGUUUACAUGGUAUAGAAGAUAUGGCCAUGGAGUUUCUGAGGAAGACAAAGGAUUUGGACCCAUUUUUGAAGAGCAGCCGAUCAAUACCAUCUACCCAGAAGAAUCUCUGGAAGGGAAAGUUUCUCUGAACUGCAGGGCGCGAGCCAGCCCAUUUCCAGUUUACAAAUGGAGAAUGAAUAAUGGGGAUGUUGACCUAACAAAUGAUCGGUACAGUAUGGUGGGAGGAAACCUUGUGAUCAACAACCCCGACAAACAGAAAGAUGCUGGAAUAUACUACUGCUUGGCCUCAAAUAACUAUGGGAUGGUCAGAAGCACUGAAGCAAUCCUCAGUUUUGGAUAUCUCGACCCUUUCCCACCUGAGGAGCGACCUGAGGUGAGAGUCAAGGAAGGAAAGGGCAUGGUGCUUCUCUGUGACCCGCCCUAUCACUUCCCAGAUGAUCUUAGCUAUCGCUGGCUCCUAAAUGAAUUUCCUGUAUUUAUCACAAUGGAUAAACGAAGAUUUGUGUCUCAGACAAAUGGCAAUCUCUAUAUUGCAAAUGUUGAGUCUUUGGAUAAAGGCAAUUACUCCUGUUUUGUAUCCAGUCCUUCGAUUACAAAGAGUGUAUUCAGCAAAUUUAUCCCACUUAUUCCAAUACCUGAACGAACAACAAAGCCAUAUCCUGCUGAUAUUGUAGUGCAGUUCAAGGACAUAUAUGCAUUGAUGGGCCAAAAUGUGACUUUAGAGUGUUUUGCACUUGGAAAUCCUGUUCCUGAUAUCCGGUGGCGGAAAGUGCUGGAACCAAUGCCUAGCACUGCUGAGAUAAGCACUUCAGGGGCUGUCCUUAAGAUCUUCAAUAUCCAACUGGAAGAUGAAGGCCUCUAUGAGUGUGAGGCUGAGAACAUUAGAGGGAAGGACAAACACCAGGCAAAAAUUUAUGUGCAAGCAUUUCCUGAGUGGGUAGAACAUAUCAAUGACACAGAGGUCGACAUAGGUAGCGACCUCUACUGGCCCUGCGUGGCCACAGGAAAGCCCAUCCCUACCAUUCGGUGGCUGAAAAAUGGAUAUCCGUAUCAUAAAGGAGAACUGAGACUGUAUGACCUGACUUUUGAAAAUGCGGGAAUGUAUCAGUGCAUCGCAGAGAACACACAUGGAUCCAUUUAUGCAAAUGCGGAGCUAAAGAUCCUGGCUUUGGCUCCAACUUUUGAAAUGAAUCCCAUGAAGAAAAAACUCCUGGCUGCGAAGGGGGGAAGGGUUGUCAUUGAAUGCAAACCCAAGGCUGCGCCCAAACCCAAGUUUUCAUGGAGUAAAGGCACUGAAUGGCUUGUCAACAGCAGCAGAAUACUCAUAUGGGAAGAUGGUAGCUUGGAAAUCAGUAACAUUACAAGGAAUGAUGGUGGCGUCUAUACAUGCUUCGCAGAAAACAAUAGAGGGAAAGGUAACAGCACCGGAACCCUAGUUAUCACAGAUCCCACACGAAUCAUAUUGGCCCCAAUUAAUGCUGAUAUCACUGUUGGAGAAAAUGCGACUAUGCAAUGUGCUGCGUCCUUUGAUCCCGCCUUGGAUCUCACAUUUGUUUGGUCCUUCAAUGGCUACGUGAUUGAUUUUACCAAAGAAAAUGUUCAUUACCAGAGGAAUUUUAUGCUGGAUGCCAACGGGGAGCUACUCAUCCGAAACGCCCAGCUUAAACACGCGGGGAGGUACACGUGCACCGCGCAGACCAUCGUGGACAACUCCUCAGCGUCUGCGGACCUUGUUGUGCGAGGCCCCCCAGGCCCUCCAGGUGGUCUGAGAAUAGAAGACAUAAGAGCUACCUCCGUGGCACUGACUUGGAGCCGCGGUUCAGAUAACCAUAGUCCCAUCUCUAAAUAUACCAUCCAGACCAAGACUGUUCUCUCAGAUGACUGGAAAGAUGCAAAGACGGAUCCCCCAAUCAUUGAAGGGAAUAUGGAGUCAGCAAAGGCAGUGGAUCUGAUUCCAUGGAUGGAAUAUGAAUUCCGAGUGGUGGCAACCAACACGCUGGGUACAGGAGAGCCCAGUUUACCUUCCAACAGAAUCAGAACAGAUGGCGCUGCACCAAAUGUGGCUCCCUCGGAUGUAGGAGGCGGAGGAGGAAGCAACCGGGAGCUGACGAUAACAUGGGCCCCUUUGUCCAGAGAGUACCAUUACGGCAACAAUUUUGGUUACGUAGUGGCAUUUAAACCGUUUGAUGGAGAAGAAUGGAAAAAAGUUACAGUUACUAAUCCAGAUACAGGUCGCUAUGUCCAUAAAGAUGAAACCAUGAGCCCUUCCACCGCCUUCCAAGUAAAAGUUAAGGCAUUCAACAACAAAGGAGAUGGGCCGUACAGCCUCAUAGCUGUCAUCAAUUCAGCACAAGACGCUCCCAGCGAGGCCCCCACAGAAGUUGGUGUCAAAGUUUUAUCAUCUUCAGAGAUAUCUGUGCACUGGAAGCAUGUUUUAGAAAAAAUUGUGGAAAGCUACCAGAUUCGAUACUGGGCAGCUCAUGACAAAGAAGCAGCUGCACACAGAGUCCAGGUCACCAGCCAGGAGUACUCGGCCAGGCUCGAGAACCUUCUGCCCGACACCCAGUACUUCGUGGAAGUGGGAGCUUGCAACAGUGCAGGGUGCGGACCUCCAAGUGACGUGAUUGAAACCUUCACCCGAAAAGCCCCUCCUAGCCAACCACCAAGGAUCAUCAGUUCGGUGAGGUCUGGCUCACGUUACAUAAUCACCUGGGACCAUGUUGUGGCACUAUCAAAUGAAUCUACAGUGACGGGAUAUAAGAUUCUUUAUCGGCCAGAUGGCCAGCAUGAUGGCAAGCUGUUCUCAACCCAUAAACACUCCAUCGAAGUCCCAAUCCCCAGAGAUGGCGAGUAUGUCGUUGAGGUUCGAGCACACAGUGAUGGGGGAGACGGAGUAGUGUCUCAAGUCAAAAUUUCGGGUGUGUCCACGCUGUCUUCAAGUCUGUUCAGCUUGCUGCUGCCUGCCCUUGGCUUCCUCCUCUUCUUGGAAAUAUGAAUAUUGUGUGAUGUCCGCGUUCCCAGCCCAGCUCAGAGGACGUCCUUCAUCCUGGGAUGACUGUAAUUCCUUCUUAACCCUGUGGCUCCAUCCUAAACCAAAUAAAUUGGACUUUAACCAACUAUCCAACUGAUUUCCAACACAGUAUGACUGAGGCAUUCAGGAACCCCUUCAUCCAAAAGAAUAACUUUUAAAUGGAUAUAAAGUGAUUUUUAACUCGUUCCAAUAUGCCUUAUAAACCACUUAACCUGAUUCUGUGAAAGUUGCAUGAUUUAAUUCAAUGGGACAAGUUACGGUGUUCAAUUCAAUACCAUAGGCUGUAGAGUGAGAGUUAAAUCACCAUACACAGGUGCUUUACAUUUAAUAAAAAGUUUUGAGAUAUAAUAGGGGUUGAAAUGUUGGUCGUAUGUGGUACGUGUAAGAGUAAUGCAGUCUAUUGUAUUAACCUCUCUGUUUUGGGUCCUGCAUAUUUUUGAAAGGCCCUUAUCAUUCAUGACAUUUUGAGUUUUCCUGAAAAAUAAUACAGACGGAAACAGAAACAUUUUGACACAAACUCAUUACCAAAUCACUUUUCUGAAUGAGUUGAAAGAUUUUGAAUAUGAAAACCAGAUUAUCGAACUCAUUCUCAGUGUUCUUACUUUUGAAGUAAUGUUUUACAUGUUUGGUUUUCGGAAUCACUGAUCCUUUCCAGUUAGUUUUCUAAUGCUGAAGUUCACACACCAUAUGAGGAUCUUUUUACUUUUGUAUUCUCUGAAGUUGCUUUGUGCUUUGUCGUCAUCCGUGUCAAACCUCAGACCGCACAGCUCACCUGGUGUCAUCCCAUCUCUGUAUUUAUUCGUAUAUGGAAUGAUGAGUUUUGAGAAUUAGAGUGCUUCCAUUUUUUUGCGAUGUGACAGUCUUUAUAUGGUUAGAAACAAAUGACAGUUAAAUAUCAGAAUGACCUAAUCAUGUUCUACUAUCUUUGGUUCUGUGCUUUAUGCCUAAGGACAAGCUCUCUUGAUAGGAGGUAUGGAAUCAAGAAAUCACAUAGAGGUUGGAAAAGCUACAGAAUUACUUUUUUUUUUUUUAAAAAAAAAAAACAAAAACAAACCUUUAAAUCUCAUUUCCCACUUCAAUGCAAUACUGAAAACUGGCUAAAAAUACCAAAUCAGAAUGUGGCUGGUGGACUUGUGAAGAAUAUGCAAAGCCUUGGAAGGCCAGGGGGGCAAACCACGCUCCUGUUCAAGAUCAUCUCCCCAAGUGUCGGUGCUUAGGGAUUUAUAAAUCAUGAAAAGGAAAACAUGCAUUUCUUCGUUCUCCAUGGUGUGGAUGUGCCUAGGUGUGGAUGUGAAGGAACUCGGGUACUGAAGAAUUAGCCAGCUCGUGAAAUAGUGCAAUGUUGGAUGCUUUGAGAAGCAUAAUCCUAUUUUAUUAGCACAGUCUCGCUGGCUAAUUAGAGAUAGAGUUUUAUCUUUUUAGAAAGGAUACCUUAUAAGUUCAUAAAAAGUAUUUACAGGAAGCAAAAAUAAAUUUAUUAAUACUUUACCCCCUAUCUUUAAUUUGUAUAAUUUUUGUACUAUAUGUGUAAAUGUUUAAAGUCUUCAUUAUUAAAAUAUCAAUAAAUAUUUCAUUAAUUUACACUUAACGCUUUGUUAUAAAUAUAAAAUUCUUAAAAAUCAGUAAAGCAGAUGCUUUCCCAGUGGAAGUAUGUCAGCAGUCUUAAGGUCAUUGCCAGAUUUCAUAAAAUAUUUGAUUAUUUGAAAAGGAAGCAAAAUGACUUCAUACUUUAGGGAAAUGAAUACUCUGUAAGCUUUCUGUACAAAUGUUUGUGUUUUCACUGUUACACUUUGGGGUUUUCCUCUUGUAGUGUGACCCAUGUUGGGCAUUUUUAUAUCAAGAACAACUACAUCUUUUGCCAAAUGCAUGCCUGCCUUUUAUUUCCUAGUGUAUGGUAUUAAAGACCAAACCUGGCUAGAUUUUGCGUGAAAUGGUUCUGAAAGGUAAGCAGGAAACAGACUGAAGGUUGUUUUGUUUUGAAUAUGUGGCAGAUAGACUCAAAUCUCUCAUGCACUAAUGACAUACACUUUUCAUUUUCUUAUACAAUUGUACAAAUGUGACUGGGACCAUCAGUUUUAAACUGUCGUCAAACUAACCAAUGUAUCAUAUGCUUUAAGAUGCAAGAUUCUUAAUUAAACUUUAUAUAGAUAUAGACACAUCUGUUGUUUCUUGGUAUUUCAGGAAAGGUGAUAGUACUUUUAUUUGAUACUGAUAAAUAAUGAAUUGAUUUUUUUAGUUCUUUUUUAUCAUUUUUUCAAUGGAGUAGUAUAGGACUGUGGUUUGUCCUUUUUAUGAAUGAAUACAAAUUAUAAAGAAAUAAAUGUCUUACUGUUGCCCAAAAAAGUAACUGUCCUUUCAAUUUACCUGAAGUUUAAAUUGUUCUUAGAAAGUGUUCAUUAUAAGUUUGGUAACAUGGAGUAGAUACUACUGGUUAAGUAAAGGUUUGAUGUUGAAAGAAUGUUUAAAAAAAAAAACUACAUACAGGGUAGGAGAGAUGGCUCAGUAGUUAAGAGUGUGUACUGCUCUUGCAGAUGGCCACCUGUAGCUCUGGUUACAGGGGAUCAGAUGCCCUCUUCUGGCCUCUUCAGGCACCUGCAUGCACAUGGCACACAUACAGAGG